ACACACACAGACACACACUCCAGCGCUCAGUAUUUGGAUGAGAGACAGAGCGGUUUCUUUCCAGAGGAGGCUGUUGGUUUAUUGAUCCUCCAGCUCAGCCCCAGAGAAGGAAUGAGCGACAGGAAGAGAAAGUCCUGCUCAGGAGAAACGCUGCUGUUGGGACUUAGCUGUAUCUGAGCUCCAGACCACCAGGACCUGUGAUGCUAUUCCUGUAGAGAAACUUUGCCCCACGCUUGUUACAGGAUGUCAAUGGAACGGAGGGCACUGUUGGAACAGAAGCAGCGGAGGAAGCGUCAGGAGCCGCUCAUGGUCCAGCCCAACACGGAGGCCUGGCCCCGGCGCUCCAGGACGCGGCGCGGGGAGGAGCAGGCGCCACUGGUGGAGUUCCAACCCAGUAUCGUAAACGAUGUCAACAUGGAUGGUUUUGAUGGCCCAGCCGCCUUCAUGAGCUCAGAACUCCCUGAUCUCGGAACCAGAAUCCAGAUCCUCUCACCGAGCCAAACCCAGAACACGUCCCAGUCCCAGCCUCAGUCCCAGUCUGAGUCUCAGUUCCAGCUUCAAUCCCAGCCUCAGUCUCCAGCUUGUGAGGAGCCCGAGAGAGACCGAGACACUGAGACGCUGCUCGAGCCCAAGACGGACAUCCACGAGUUACUGCAGAAACAAGGCCUCUGUGGCAGCAUGAACUUCGAUGAAUCCAGUGAAAACGAGGAGGACACGGAGGAAGAACGGACACGUUCCCUGUCGCCUCACGCAGACUCCACCCGGCCUGAGUCUGCUGCCAGCGGCAAAGACGUUUCAGAGGUCGUGACCCCAGGAUCCCCCACACCGGACAGCUCUCUGAUCGACGUGGCGAAUCUGGAGGAGUUCGUCGUCCGCCCGGCUCCACGCGGCAUCACGGUGAAGUGUCGAAUCUCCCGGGACAAGAAGGGCAUGGACCGCGGCCUGUACCCCACCUACUUCAUGCACAUGGAGCGAGAUGACGGCAAGAAGGUGUUCCUGUUGGCAGGCAGGAAGAGGAAGAAGAGUAAGACGUCCAACUACCUUAUUUCAGUGGACGCCACCGACCUGUCUCGUGAGGGAGAGAGCUUCAUCGGUAAACUGAGGUCCAACCUCAUGGGCACCAAAUUCACCGUGUACGACAACGGCACCAACCCCUGCAAGAACCCCGGGGCUCUGCUGGAGGAGAGCAACACAAGACAGGAACUGGCCGCCAUCUGCUACGAAACCAACGUACUGGGAUUCAAAGGACCACGGAAAAUGACCGUGGUCAUCCCGGGCAUGAACAUGAACUUCGAGCGAGUCCCCGUGAGACCUCAGAGUGAGCAGGAGAGCCUCCUCAGCAGGUGGAACAGCCACUCACUGGACAACCUGAUCGAGCUGCACAACAAGGCCCCGGUGUGGAACGACGACACUCAGUCCUACGUGCUCAACUUCCACGGCCGCGUCACUCAGGCCUCCGUCAAGAACUUUCAGAUAGUUCACGACAACGACCCCGACUACAUCGUGAUGCAGUUUGGCCGCGUGGCCGAGGACAUCUUCACCCUGGACUACAACUAUCCCAUGUGCGCCCUCCAAGCCUUCGCCAUCGGCCUGUCGAGCUUUGACAGCAAGUUGGCCUGCGAAUGAGCACGCACACACCCCCCCCGCCGCCUCUGUCCUCAGAUCUCCUCUCAGGAGGUCGCCCCGGCAGCACCGCUGUCACAUGGGCGUCCCGGGAGUCGCACGGAUAAAAAGAGAAAAAACUGUGAUGAGAGUGAAAAGACGACGUUGGUCACGUGUCGGUGAAUCCGACGACUCUCCUGGUUCCUGUUUUUGAGUUUUUUGUUCCAAUUUUUACAGUUUGUUCCACAAUCAGUUUUUACCCGUUGUGUACUGUAAGUGUGUACAAAUGCACGUGUGUACAAAGUGAAAGGGAAACACACUCACACGGCUCUUAUCUGUGCUGGAGACAGGAGCUCUUGUUAGACACUCAAACCUCCGACCCUGUGUGAGGACGUGUGUAUUAAUCCUGUCUUUUCUGUCGUGUCCACUCGUCUGGCACCACCUGCUGGCCAAACCUUAUAUCUGUCAGUAACCAGUUCUUUUUCAUCCAUCCUCGACUCUAGCUUGGUUUUUAACCUUGUUCCCUCCUGUCUGUGUGAUUUCUCUAUCCUUCCCUUAGAGCUCAGUCUGACCUCCUUCCUUUGUUCUCGUGUCGUCAGCCCUCUGAUUUGUUCCCGUGUGGAAAGUGCAUUAUUCAGGACAGACCUGUUCUUUUUGAAAGUGUAAUUUUUUUAAUCAUGUGACCGUGUUACUUUUUUCCUUUUUGUCUUAAAGAUGAUUUGUAUAAUGGUAAAAAAAAAACUAGCAAAAAAAAACAAACGCAGCAUUGCACAUUUUAAGAGAAACUGUAUAUACAAGAACAUGUAAUAUCUUUUCUGAUUUCUUUUCAAGUCUUAAAAUGGUUAAGGCCAUUUCAAUGGAAAUUUGAAAUGAAGGAUUUAAGUUGAUAAAUCAUAUAUUCAUGGUUACACACAUUAUUUAACCAAGAUUUCACUUUAAUCUUCAGUCGACUGUAGAUGUCGUUUUAAAGUGACGUUUUGUUGAGUUGUAGAACGUUUGUUUAAAGUCUAAAUCUCGUCUGUUUCAACCUCUCUUUUGAAUUAUGAGUGGAAGUUAAAGGGACAGUUUAGUUUAUGAGGCUUUACAUCAUCAUCGAACGUCACCAGUACUUUGAUUUAAAGUACUGUGCGCCUGUGAAGUACCCCUGGAAACAGAACUGUGUAUUACACACAGUUACUUUUAAUUGUUUUCAUCUGGAUCCUUAAUCGAUGGUUUUAAAGGAAUUAAAGAUAUUUAAAAAAUAACUGUGCCAGCAGUGUAUAGAAAAUCGUGUUUUGUAACCAAAAAUGUUGGUUUGAAAAUCAAAUCAAGAUUUAUAGAAGAUAUUUUGAAAUACUUUUAAAAGAAGAGACUAUUUGAAACUAACACGCUAUCAGGUAUGUUUGUAUUUUAACAGAUGGAAAAUAUGACACUAAAAACUUUAUGUAAACGCAGUGAAACACGAAUGUAUCCGGUGAACUGUUUAUUUUCAUCAACGGACAGAUGUCAAUUUUAUUCAGAACAUCUCCAAGUAGAAAAAACAAAAGUGCUUAUUUCAACAAACGUUUAAAUAAAAAUGUUUUAAAUGACCAAAAUAAAAGACAUUUCGAGAAAGUG